UUAUAAUCCCUGCAGGCAUUGUUUUCUUCUCAAACAUUGAACAUUCACAAUACAAAAGAGGCAAAAUGGCAGAGACGACUAUAGGCUCAGGAUCAUAUCCAAUCAAAACCGUCGUCGUGUUGGUUCAAGAGAAUCGUUCUUUCGACCAUACGCUCGGUUGGUUCAAAGAGCUAAACCAGGAUAUUGACGGUGUCACGAAGUCAGACCCAAAAUCAAACCCGGUUUCCUCCUCUGACCCUAACUCUCUCCAUGUCGUCUUUGGCGACCAGUCUCAGUACGUUGACCCGGAUCCAGGUCACUCCAUUCAGGAUAUCUAUGAACAAGUGUUCGGUAAGCCAUGGGAUGUAAGUCACCCGGAUCCAAACCCGGGUCCAGCUACCAUGUCCGGUUUCACUCAAAACGCCGAACGAAACAAGAAAGGGAUGUCUUCUGCGGUUAUGAAUGGAUUUAAACCUGACGCUUUGCCGGUUUACAAGGAGUUGGUUCAAAACUUUGCCAUAAGUGAUAAGUGGUUUGCGUCGGUUCCGGCGUCGACGCAGCCAAACCGAUCGUUCGUACAUUCGGCAACAUCACAUGGAGCAACGAGCAACGACAAGAAACUACUAAUCGAAGGAUUUCCACAAAAGACAAUAUUCGAGUCGCUGGAUGAAGCUGGUUUUAGCUUUGGCAUUUAUUACCAGUUCCCUCCUUCUACUCUUUUCUAUAGAAAUCUGAGGAAACUGAAAUAUUUGACACAUUUUCACCAAUAUGGAUUACAAUUUAAGAAAGAUUGCAAAGAAGGCAAGUUACCAAACUAUGUCGUGGUCGAACAACGUUGGUUCGAUCUAUUGUCAACGCCAGCGAACGAUGAUCAUCCAUCCCACGAUGUUUCCGAAGGUCAAAAGCUCGUGAAAGAGGUGUAUGAGGCCUUGAGAUCAAGUCCUCAGUGGAACGAGAUUUUAUUCAUUAUAACAUAUGAUGAGCAUGGUGGGUUUUACGACCAUGUACCUACUCCUGUCGAGGGAGUUCCUAACCCGGACGGUUUAUUGGGACCUGAACCGUAUAAGUUUGAAUUUAACCGGCUUGGCGUUAGGGUUCCGACUUUCUUCAUCUCUCCUUGGAUUGAGCCUGGCACAGUUCUUCAUGUGCCGAAUGGACCGUACCCUAGGUCACAAUAUGAGCACUCAUCAAUUCCUGCAACGGUCAAGAAAAUUUUCAACCUCAAAGAUUUCUUGACAAAGAGAGAUUCAUGGGCUGGCACUUUUGAAUCUGUUAUUACAAGAGAUUCACCGAGACAAGAUUGCCCUGCAACAUUGUCGAUUCCGGUUAAACUGAGAGCGACGGUGGCAGAAGAAAGUGCACAGUUAAGUGAAAUCCAAGAGGACCUCGUCAUCAUGGCUGCGGGAUUAAAAGGAGACUACAAAAACGAAGAAUUAAUGCACAAGCUUUGCAAAGAAACUUGCGUUACAGACGCUUCCAAAUACGUUAUAAACGCGUUUGAUAAGUUUCUAGAAGAGGCUAGAAAGGCAAGAGAAAGAGGAUGUGAUGAAAACGAGAUCGUUUACUGCAUGGAUGAUGAUAAUGAUGAUGAUGAUGAUCAUGCUGAAAUGCCAUCAUCAUCACAAUCAGAAGCACCACAUGCUGGUCCUAAGCCGAAAACUCAAAGGUCUUUUUUCAACAAGCUGUUCUCUUGCUUUGCUAGUCAUGAUUGAGUGACUAUAGCUGAAACUUCAAUGUAAUUAAAGUGCUUAUUUGUGUGUGAGGGGAUAAUUGAGUGUUGUGUUGUUGUGUUUAAGAAAAUAAAGCUCCAGUUUCUCUUGCAUAAUGAUUUUUCUUUGAUUAUGAACUACUAUACCUUAGUCCAUAGAUGAGAUUAAAUUGUUCGAUUGAUGAUUUUAAAAUAUAACACAUUAAUUUUCAUCUAAAACACAUUUGAAACGUUUUGUCAUAUAUCAACCACUAAAAUUAUUUAUCUAAAAUGAAAUAUUAAAAAAUAUAUUGCGUGCUUCAAUUAACAAAAUGUAUUAGCCGACAAAGGAAGUUAACAAAACGUAUAAUCUUUCAUGUAAAUGUUUUUUACUUAAAAUGUGCUACGCACUGUAGUGUAGCAAAUACUUUAGUCAAGACCAACUUUUUCAUCGGUCAAGACCUAAUUCAUCUACUCGACUUAUUUUACAAAGAUAAAAGACUGGUACUUUUUAUUUCUUUGUUCACAUGACAAUCUCGAAUGUAUUACAUUAAGAUUACGUAUGCUCACGUUUUGAAUAAAGGAAAAAAAAGCCAAAAAGAAGAGAGAGUGAUGUUGUUAUUUGUAGUGAUGAUAAGUCUUCCUCCUCUUCUUGAUAUGACAAUUGCAAGCAUCCACGGACCACAGUCAAAGAAGCCAUGCAACCAAUGAACCAAACUUCCUCUUCCUUUAUCUUCGUUUUUUGAUCUUCUUCUUGGCGUACAUUCUAGAUUCUCACUCUCUCUUUUCUUGAUGUGAUCAGAUUCUACGUCGAGCCUCAAAAAGCUUCUUAUUAUUAUUUUCUCAAUUUAAUAUUCUUUCUCUAGCCACCUUAUCGUGAAAUUGCUUCUGAG